CUCAAACUCUCAGAUUUUCCUCAGAGCGGCUUCAGUUCGUAAUAAAGGAAGCGUCAAGGCCGGACGGGUGUGAUUAGCGCCUGAAAUACAGCCACACUUUUACACACGCACAUUGCUGUCCUGCUACUGAGCUGGAACCUGUGCUGUCCUCAGGUGAAGGCUACAAGGCAGGAAACUAUACGCUUCAGACCCGAGCACACGCUUCAGAACACGCUUCAGAGCCACACACUCCGAGUGGAUACAGCAGAGAUGGAGAACUUCGCCUGGUUUUUGGCUUUGUUGUUGGUCCUCGGCAUUUCUGCAGACUCAGAUUCCUCUUCAUUCUGUGAACUUAAGGAUAUUUAUGGAAGCAAAGAUGAAGUGGUCACUGUAGAUGAAAUGACCGAUGGGUGCUGGACCAGCUUCCUCACAGCGGACAAGAAAGAGGUGCACAUCAUCAACCUGCUUUUUACACCCAGAACGGAUUUUUUGAUCAUGUCACUGACUGAAGCAGCUCCGUCCAUCGUGAUUCUCACCAGCAUGAUGAAGCACAAAACUUUCUACGUUUUCAUCAAAAACAACAACAUACAGCUCUAUGUGACCAAUGGGACCUCCAUGAGCUGCCAAACGUGUAAAGUUCAUGAAGCUCCAGCUGUGGAGGGCAACGAGUUAAUAUCAUGGGCGACAAAACAGUUCGGAGGGGUCACGUCCUACACCACAGUUCGGGAUCCACGCAACAUCACCUUCAGCAGAAUAGACGGCACUUUAUUGCCCCCAGUCUGCCAGUUAAAGAUGGAAAACUCACUGCAGAAGGGUUUAUUACUGGUCCAGUCAGAUAAGACGGCGGUGAAAUCCUGCUCCACUGAUUCUAAAGACGAGCUGCACGUCAUCAACAUUCCCGAUGACUUCGGCGUCAAGAACGUCACGGUGGAAGCGGCUCUGUCGAGUUUAAGGCUGGUGUUAAGGGGUCCUGUUGGAACUUUAUGGAAAGUCAAAGCUGAAAAUGUCAGUUUUCUGUCCAACAACGCCGUCCAAUUAAACGAUUUCACCCUGAAUCCGAUCAUGAACAUCUCGGACGACGACGCCACGCUGCAUAACCUGGUGAGGACGUUUUACACCGGUAAAUCCAUCAGCAGCUACACCGAGAUUCAUCUCAACAUCCCGACAAUCAAAGUGAAGAUCGGGGAAAGAAAGCACAUCACAGUUACAGAGAGAGCCGAGGUGAAGAGCACAGCGUCUCCUUCAUCCAUCCACAUGCAGCUCUUCACUUCCUCUAAUUACAGAGUACCACUCGACCCCAGCACCAAAAUCCAGACCAACAAGAGGAUCUACGCCGAGGUUUCAAGUGAAUUCCAUGGAAGUCUGACAGUUAUUUUCAAAGUCAUGUCAUGUUCAAUACGCUCCAAAGGUCUGCAGCCGGUGGAGAGGAGGAUCAGCUUUAAACCGGAGCCGUGUUCAUCUACUCCCUGCAACAAUAACGCCAGAUUUAGCUUCUCCCUGGACGUGCUGCAGGAUCAGCCAUCCAACAGCUGGGAGCUGGAGUGUUACGUCAGCCUGUGCUAUAAACUCAAUAUUUGUUCAAAACCAGAGCUGGCGAGGGAGAACGUGCUGGUGGUCCCAGCAUAUGUUCCACCACCGAGUACGUGUUUCGAGUUCUGCCUUCCGUCCGUGCUGGGCAUCGCUUUCGGAGGUUUCCUCAUCGGCGUCCUGCUCAUCGGCGCCCUGUGGUUCAUCAAAAUCCGCACAGGUUACCCCGUCGCUCUGGGUUUUGGCUCCACCAGGACUUUUUUCUCAGGAUGUCCAUGCACUCUGAUCAAGCGCCACCCGGUGCCCACCAACCCGUCUCCCUCCGAGAACAGCAGUGCAAAUGGCAGCAUGGGCAGCACCCAGAGCACACCCACCAGCAGCAUGGCAUGAUCCCAUCCGAGAGGGUGACACACACACACACACAAACGCACACACACACACAGACGAACAGGGCAGGGCUCGGUCCGUCUGAGCCAGGAACCUUUAACCCCACCCCUCCAGCCACCCAGAGACAGGAAGUCCGCGGGACAAAAAAGCAAAACGGAAAAACCUUGCUUCGGUCCGAGACAGGAAAAACACAGCAUAAUCUCCCAAGAACUAACAGGAAAUUCGUCGCAUUCCUCUCGACAGAUCGCGCCUCUUCCACCGAGGCACAAUGAGAUCCGAGGAGAAAAACACAGAUCAAAACCCGUCUGACCUCAAUCACGUCUGAUAAACGUAAAAAAUAACAUCAGCGCAGGCACAGCGCCACCUACGUUAUUCCACUGCAUCACGAAACAUCGCAGGACUGAAACCAAGGCCGCCUCUCCUGCCUCUUUGGACUCUUUUGGGAAAAGGCUACCUCUCAAAUAUAUAGAGUACAGAACUAAAUACAGUAGCAUCUAUCGAUCGUUCUUUUCUUUGACUGUAAUCUGUAUGAUUUUAUACCUGUGUUAUCAGAAUUCUGUUACCAUGCUGCCAUUUAUCCGAAACGUCAAUUAUUGUAAAUAAAAUCAGAUUUUUUUUUAUACCAAAGAGAAAUAAAGUCGCUAUUAAAUCAUUUCUCUAAAAGAGAUAAAAAGAGAUGCAAAUUUUGAUUAAUUUGACAUGAUCAAUCGUUAAUAUUUAUUAUCAGGGCGCCCUGGUGGUGCAGCAGUAAAAUACCCCAGCCCACAACCUAUCAGCCAGCCGGAAGCCCACACAGACAGGCAUAUUAGGCCCAGCCACUAGGAGGUUCACUGGUUAAUUCAACUGUGCCAGAUCAGAUAUCUGGAGAGAGUAAUCCACUGUGAGCUUUUAAUACAGGAGAAGACGAAAAAGAACCUUAAUAUUUAUUAGGAUAUAAUUAAAUGAUAUAAUUGUUCCUUUAAUUAAUAUUAAUUCGCAUUUUCAAUCAUUAGCUUGAUCGGUUAGUAAAAUUUAAUAGCCAACAGUGUUAGAAAGGGUUAGAAAGAAAUAAUUAAGAACACGGCAGCGUGAUGUGGAUCCAGCGAUGUUUCAGAAACAUGGUCGGUUUGUUCGUUAUUAAAUGUAAUGAAUUAAACACAAAUAUAAAUAAUAAAAUGACUAAAUUUUAUGUUACUACUCUGCUUGAAUGACAGAAAACAAAAGCAGUGGUAGUUCAGCCAAUAAAGUACUGAACUAGUAAUCGAAAGGUUGCUGGUUCAAGCCACAUCGCCGAUAAGUCCUUAACCCUUGAUUACUUGCACUGUAAUUGACUAAAACUGAAAGUCGCUUUGAAUAAAGGCGUCUGCUUAAAGCCUAGCGGUUAAGGACCUGAACUAGUAGUUAAAAGGUCGCUGGGUUAAGCCCCACCACUGCCAGGUUGCCACCGUUGGUCCCUUGAGCAAGGCCCUUAAAUCUCAACCUCAUAGACAAUAUAAUACACAGUACUGUAAGUAAGUCGCUUUGGAUAAAAGCAUCUGAUAAUAUAUAUUUCUUUACUUUAAUCUCUCAUUUCUAAAGAUUUCCUGCACAUUAUACAUGAAUUUAAAGAGUCAGGGUUUGGAUGGACUGUGUCUGUGUGAACAAGUGUGAAUAACAAAAAACCUUCUGUAUGUUUCAAGUUUCAAGCUUUAUUUUAUAUGUGUAUAUAAUAGCACUAUAUCAUUAAUAAUGUAAUUAGAAAAGGGGGCGCUCAAGCGGCACAGCAGCCAGUUACGCCAGCCCACUACUGCUGGGAUCCAGGUUUGGAUCCCCAGCGAUGCUGUCGGCCCGGUCGUGUCUCAGUGAGACGGAAACGUGUGUGUCAGUGGUCAGACCGCAUCAGUCCCUUUAACUUUUUAUAUUUAUGUGUAGAAUUUAUAAUUCCACAUCGUGCCUUUUUCAAAAUAUAACAGUAAUACUUCUUUUAUAUCGGUGCCUGAAAGUGUUCAAAUUCAUGUUCUGGACAUCUGAGCGACUCUUUAUACUGAAUCAUCUUGCUCGAAUCGAUUCUUUUGUGAAUCAAAUGUGUCGAUGAAACCUAAUAACUCGAACCAUGUAUCCUCAUUCUGUGUAGCCUUUUAAAUGAAUCGUGUUUUUUAUGUGAACUUGCUCAAGUAUGAACCUCAAUUCCAGAAACGUUUAUAAAUAAAAAAAACUUAUAUUCAGGUCUGCAAUACAUUUCAGAAAGGCAUGUAUACUGUAGGCUAUGUUGCAGCACUGCAGGCAGGCCAGUCUAGCACUUGAUACCCCUCUCUGAUUACACAGCCUUGCGGUAUUCGGCUUGGCAUCAUCAUGUUAUCUAAAGUCCCAGUUCAUUAUUAUUAUUAUUAUUAUUAUUAAUAUAUUUUUUUUGAAUUGGGGUUUGUGGUUGAAGAACAUUUUGUCUUGUUUGUGUUUGUGUUUGUGUAUGGAGCUUAGACUGCAGGUUUCUCAAACCAGGACUAGUUCUAAUCCUGUACUAAACUGAGCACUAAUCAUUUGAUCUGGUCCAGGACUAGGCUUAAUCCACGUUCAGAAAACCACCCCAAAGAGGUCGGAUUAAGAAAAUGAUCAUCCUUAUUGAGACUUUAAAAAAUGGUUGGGCAAAAAAAUCUAAUUUAUGUGAGGAUUUUAAUCCAAAUGCAGCGUCUGACUCUGGAGCUACAAAGCUAACGCUGUUAACAAAUGAACUAUGUAGUUUGUAGAAAUAUAAAACUCAAUAACACUGUCUGGGUGCUGCAGAGCUCAAGAAUCUUAAGGAGCCGGGUUUAGUUCUUGAGUUUUAGCUCAUAAGGUGCUACCAUCCUGGCACAGUGCUCAACAGACACCUUUUAAGUCGUGUCUGAGGUUUUAGAAUGUAGGAGUCGGUUUGCUGGUCGAGGUGUCGACACGAACAUCAGAAGAAUACGCAGAAGCAUGGUCCUCCAUACACGCCAGGGGCACAGUUGUGGCCUAGUGGUUAAGGUACUGGACUAGUACUCCAAAGGUUGCUGGAUCAAGCCCCACCACUGCCAGGUUGCCACUGUUGGGCCCUUGAGCAAGGCCCUUAACACUCAAUUGCUUAGACUGUAUACUGUCACAGUACUGUAAGUCGCUUUGGAUAAAAGCGUCUGCUAAAUGACAACAUUGUAAAUGUAAAAUGUAAAUGUAAUCUGUGGCCCUCCUCACCCAGAGUGUGUGGGGAAAUUGGGUAUGUCCAAAUUGGGACAGUGCAAAAAACAAUGGGUGGAAAACAGUGAGCCCUGUGCAGGUUUAGCCUCGUAGCUCCAGAUCGAAGCAAGAAAACACUGGACGCAAGCUGACGGAUUUUUUUUUUGGAUGAAAGAAGAAUGAUGUACGUUUGGUUUAACAUUUGAUUUAUUGCUCAACCAUUAAACAGUGAAGGAAGGAAAAAUGCCACCUGAGCCUUGGUGCAAUACUGAAGGAAUAUAUACAUUUAUCUGAAAGUGUCUUUGUUAUUUGUUUUGUAUAAAAUAUCGAUUUUAUAUUGAAUAUUCUCGCCUCUAUAGAGCCAAAUCAAAUCAUAAGUGUCCAAUUAUUUUCUGCCGUAGGUGAUCAAAUGCUUGGAAUGUUAAUGCACAUCUGUAAUUACUCUGUAUCUCUCCAGUGAUUUUGGAUUCUACUCUUAGAGCUUCUGAUUACGAAUAAAAAAGCCAAAAAACUG